AUGGACUUAGAUUUCGUGUGGUUACUAAUAUCAAUUUUAUAUAUGUUCGAAUCAGAACAGAAUUUGAAAAGCAUUGGAGUGAAAAUUGAGAACCUGAGUAAGCGGUGCUACACAACCUUGAAGGUCAAACCUAGCUAUUACAUGGAAGAAUCGAAGAUAGCUAUAAAGGAUGCUACACAGAGAAAUAUGGUGGGCACAGGUACUGAGGAUGGUACAGAGAGCCCUCCGAUCAGGGCAACCAUUAAGGAUGUUAUAAAGAGAAAUAACACUUAUAUUGAUGGUAUAUGGCCUGCAACAAUCUAUGGGAACAGUAGCCACCGUGAUGGCACUAUAUACAAGAAAAGGUUUUACUGGAAAAAUGAAUAUAGUAUUGAUGUCACUGACCGUGAUGAGAUUCAGCUACAACAUGCUGAAGUUGGCAAAAAGGAGAAGGGAAAGGAGAAUGGCCAAAUAAAAGGGAAUGUGUGGAGGAUGAAUCAAAUCAAAAUUCAAAAUUCAUGA